GGGGCCGAGCGGCAGCUGCGCGCGGGCGGCGGGCCCAGCGGCGGCACCGGCGAACGGGCGCGGCAGCAGCAGCAGGAGCAGGCCUCGCCCGAGGCCACGGCAGGAGCGGCGGCGGCGGAAGACGGGGAGGUGCAGCAGCGGCAGCUCGAGCGCCUGAGAAAUCGCCAGAAAGGAUACAAGCAGUUCCUCCGCCAAUAUGAGGGCGGCUUCGGGGGCCCCAAGGCGGCGGCGCGGAUCGGAUCCGGGAUCGUCGUGCGGAGCGACGAGGCGGCGGCGGCUGACGAGGAGGGUGGGGGCGCCGCGGACGCGGUUCGAGCGGCUGAGGCGGCCGCCGCCGCGGGCGCGGCGCCAGAGGCGCGGCAGGAAGGUGGCAGUAGCCGCGAUGGAGCCGCCGGGCAGGCUUGA